GGGGUAUCCUUUGAGGCUUGAGUGGGUUUGAAGUCUUCUAGAGUAUUUUUUAGCCUAAUAGGCAGGCUUUAUACGUAGCAGCUGGGGAAACCAUAGUCCACAAGCAGAUUAGCUAUGGUGAAAAAGGCACGUCAGCCUCUUUUGAAUGUUCCUAAGACACCAGACCUUGAAGACGUGGCAGCCUUCUUUGAAUGUGCCAUUUGUGCCUGUGCCUUUCUACUUAAGCAUGCCCUUGUGAUCGUAUGAAAGCAGAUUAAUCCUUUUUCUGGAGGAAAGAUUUAAUGAUUUAUAAGUGGCAUCCUUAGUGUCUUGGAUAGAGGCAGGGGGUUAUAGAAGAGAAGCACAUACAAUGCCUCUUGUUUACCCUGCUUUGCUGAGCUGGUGUGCACAACGAUGAAACGGCCUUAAAUAGAGGCUGGGCUGGAUCCUCUUGUUUAAUGAGAGGUGCCAGGGUGACAAGGUAGCUCGUUUCAGAUGAGAAGGGAUUUUCUAAGAAUCCAGGAAAAAAGACUGGGAACGUCUUAAUCUGUCAGCCCUGUGGUUUAACACAAGUCUGUGUGCGGGAAUCGGAUCCACGCAGGGCACUCUCCGCAGAUGAUCCCAGGUCUGCUGGCCCCAUCUGGUGUUCACUCACCAGUCAGCCACAAAACUGCUUGAAAAGUGUAGUUCUCUCUCCAAGGAGAUUUGGUCCUUUUUGUUUUUGUUUUUUACCAACUUUAAAUAGUGGUUUUGGGUAACAAACAAUUCACGCGCCACACUUUAUUAAAUUCAUCUUACCUGUAUGUUGGAUGACUUAAUGGUUUUAAUAGUAUAAAGGGUAGGUACCCAGCAGUCAUCGUUUUAACUGAAGCAAGAGGAAUUGGGGUUAGGUGUAAGGAAGACAUUUCAGGCAAUGAGGUUUGUGGCACAAUGACCUAACUGUGAGGAGAUUGUAAGAUCUCUUUUGGGGAAGCUUUUAAAUAAGAGGCUCAGUUAUUUAAUUUAUUUUCUGCUCCAAAUAACACCCUGCCUGAAAAGAGAAUUUGGGGCAAGCUCAAGGCAUUCCACCGUUAAUUUACCACCUUCACAAUUUUUGCUAUGUCUGACUAAAACCGAUAGAAGUGUUUACUCAAGAUAUUCCUUGAAAUGGAUUCAUUUCUUUUAACCGUAGCCUUUAGUCAUCUUAAGCAGUGAUACCUUAUCAGUGAAAUCAUAGUUUGAUGAGCUAACUAUAUUUUAUUGCUGUGCACUAAAAUAUAUGACUGUAAUAAAAUAACGUUCACCUGUUUUUGUGUCCUCCAAAAACAUACAUGUUCAAGUCCUAACCGCAGGUACCUGUGAAAGGGACCUUCUUUGGAAAUAGGGUCUAUGCAGAGGUAAUCAAGUUGAGGUCACACUGGAUUAUGGGCGCUAAUCCAACGACUGAUGUCCUUAUAGAGGGAAAUUUGGACCCAGACACAGACAAAAAGGGAGAACGCCAUGUGACCACAGAGGCAGAAAUUGGAGUGGUGUGUCUGCAGCCAAGGAACACCACGGAUCAUUGACUAUCACCAGAAGCAGCAAAAACAGUCACCACUGAGGAGUGCCUGGUGAACCCUGCGAGCAUGAGCCGCUACAGCGUGGACUCCUCCUCCGCCUUUAGCCACAGGGGCUCCCUGCCCACCUCCUCUUCGUUGUACUGCAAGAGGCAGAACUCUGGAGACGGCCACCUUGGGGGAGGCUCAGCCACCACAGUCAGUGGUCCCCAUACCAGCCCCAUGUCCUCUGGAGGCCCCUCAGCACCUGGGCUGAGGCCCCCUGGCUCCAGCCCCAAGAGAAACGGGACCUCUCUUGAAGGAAACAGAUGUGCCUCAAGCCCUUCUCCGGACAGGCAGGACACCCAGCGGCCAAGGAGCAGGAACCCCUCUACCUGGUCCGUGGAGGAUGUGGUCUGGUUCGUGAAAGACGCAGACCCGCAGGCUCUUGGGCCCCACGUGGAGCUCUUCCGGAAGCAUGAGAUUGAUGGCAAUGCCCUCCUGUUGCUGAAGAGUGACAUGAUCAUGAAAUACUUGGGCCUAAAGCUGGGACCUGCACUGAAACUCUGCUACCAUAUCGAUAAACUGAAGCAAGCCAAGUUCUGAAGGUGUUUAAAAGAUAGAAGCAAAAUCCAGACAACAGAUCUCCAGAUCCUCUUCUGCCUUAACAACAUUUGCCACCAUCACAAAGAUUCUCUCCUGAACAAGAACAGCCACAAAGACUUGGUCUUUUUAUAAAACUCGUGCAUCUUGACCUUUUAAAAAAUUCAACAUGGCCCUUUUGAAAGGUUCUUCUGUGUUGAUGAUUUGCCAAAAAAUUACAAAGAAGCCUGUUAUUUUUAACAUUUCUGGUAGGUUGGUUGCUCUUAGGGUGGGUACUGUUUUUAUAAUGAGAAUGUGGAGAACUGAAUGCUAUCACCCAAGGAGGACACUGGAGACGUCCAAGGAUGUGAGAAGAACCUUUGUCCCUGCAGGCUCUGAGGGGACGCCCACCGCAGCACUACCUGUCUUUAGCUCUGACUUGGGGACCCUAUCAUUGUGAGCCUUGCUUAAUUCAGCUCUGGAAGCUGUCUUCUGAGGUUAAAUGCCUCACCUUGCACUAUCUGGAAAACUUGAAUUCUUUCACUCUCUGAAAGAGAAGGGAAAAAAAAAGUCUUUUCUAUUCCUAGUUAUCUGAAGUACUGUGUUUCCCCACUAGAGGGCAGACUGCUAAUGUAUUUUCCGGACCCUCACUUCAGCAGCCUGAUAUUCAAUACCCAGUGGAUGGAUUAGGGUUUCUGUGAACAAGACCUAGCCUACACAGACACAGGGAAUUUAUUCCACAGUCAGCACCACAGAUUGCAACUUGGGAAGAAACCGUCUUCUAGAAGGUUCUAGUUCAUAUCCAAUCAUUACUGACUAACUGAGGUGCACCAGCAGCAAAGUCAAGAAUUUGGAAGCACGUUCUUCCCAGAUGGGGCUUUGGAGUUCCUUCCCUUCCAGCGUCAUUACUGAGGUGUCGAUGUAUUGGCAUGCCGCAGAGCUUAGUGACAUUUAGCCAUGGUGUUUCUUUAAAAAAGAAGAAAGAUGUCUCUACUAAGCUUUGAAAUGGGAGAGUGUUGAUUUCUAGUUACACCGUGGGAUUAUAUAGUUGUAUGUGUGGCUAAUUUUAAUAAUAAUAGCAUGUACACAGACAUGCUAUUAUUGGGUUUAAUUCAAUUUACAAAUAGGUUUUCCUUUCUCACCGUGGAGUAAUAGAAAAAAAUUGAUUUCUACCCUUUUGCAGCUGUGUCCAGAGACGGACAAUGAAUCCACAAUUUACUAGGCAGAAGGGCAGCCUUGUCUCCAUUCUUCUUUUGAUCCUUUUCCUUUCUCUCUCUCCCUGUCUCUUUUUUCCUUCCUCUCUCACUGAAUAGGAAACGUAUCUUCAAAAUGAAUUUGCCUUUGCCGUGGGCGUGUCCUCUUCCUUAAAAAACGUCCGUAGUGCUGUAAGGGAGGAGAUGAAUACUAGACUUUGUGAUCUCUGGGAGGGGGAAGAUCAAGGGCCACUCAGGGCCUCCCUUGGCCCAAAUGCAAAUCAGAAAAGGCACACCAUCCUUGGGAUGCAGCCUGGACGGGCGUCUUGGCCGGUGAGUGGAGCAGGGUGGGAUUGCAGCCUUCUCACCCCUCCACCAGGUGACCUUGUGCAGGACAAGACCUGUACAAACUUGAGGGCAGCCCUGGGUAGAUCUGUGUAUUGAU